AUGGCCAGUCUAAGUGAUAUUCCCGCCGGAUUUGUUAACGGCAUUGAAACAAGUUCUCUUUCGGUGAAGAUCAUUGUUGGAGCUUUACUCGUCAUUGCUCUUUACAAUGCACUUGAACUCAUUAUUCUCAUUUUCCUGAAUUUCAAACAAUAUCGCGGGCUCUAUUUCUGGUCAUUACUAGUAUCAAGUGUUUUUGGUGUUGUUCCCACUACAAUUGGCGCUUCGCUUUAUUUUUACUUGAUCGAUCCUCUCUGGCUAGCUCUGACAAUCUCGCACAUUGGAUUUUACGCGAUGGUGCCGAUUCAGUCACUAGUCCUAUAUUCUCGACUGUAUCUAGUCCUGCAUGACGAGAAACGUCUUCGUUAUGUCCUUUAUCUCAUUGUCGCCGACACAAUCGCCCUUCUUCCUUCUCCUUCGAUCACGAUGUUCGGUUCGGCAUAUUUCCAAAACCAUCAGUGGAAUAAAGCUUAUCAAAUAACAGAACGUCUUCAAGUGACUGGAUUUUGCGUCCAAGGAUUUUUGAUCUCUUCCCUUUACAUUAUGGAAGCCAUCAAACUCUUACAGGUCAGUCUCGAGAUAUCGACCCGAGGAAAAAAUGUCAUGUAUCAGCUCGUGGCAAACAACGUCGUUAUCAUAACCAUGGACGUUGAUCUAUUAGUGUUGGAAUAUUUGGGCUUGUAUUAUUUACAGGUCUCACUCAAGUCGAUAGUUUAUAGCGUCAGUGUUGAAGCUCGAAUUUGCUGUCUUGGGAAAACUCAUUAUGAUCACAAGCCAACAUGGGCUGGUAAUUGA